UUUUUCCUUUCUCUAACUAGUGGUUCGACUUGUACUUCAAUGAGGUGCGGCCAGUAAUGCUGCAAGAAAACCGCACCGGCGAUGAUGUGGCAGUUGAUUCAUUUUUUGUGUCAAGUAGUGGGAGAUCAAUUUAUAAUCCCUCCAACGACUUAAAAAGACUACAUGACAAAUACAGUCUUCCCAGUGUGAUGUGUGGCGAUGCCCAGAGAGCAUUUGAGGCAGCAGCACAAAACCUGUCAGAAGAGGAGAGAAAUGUGGUGGCAGCUGAAAGAAUCUACAUGAGGAGAACAUCUUCAGAUCCGUUUCUGGCUCUAAGUGUGCUAGAUCAGCUCGCUGGGAAAACACCACAAAGGUCCAGUAGAGCUUCCAGCUGUGAGACAAGGGUGGACGAACAGACGGCCUACAAAACUCUUGAGCAGUUCUGUCCAGUGACUCUGGAGGGGCCUCCUCCAAAAAGGGCACGCAGGACUGAGCUGUGUGGCUCAGAACAUGAGAGGCACUGCUAUGACCGCUGGCGUAGCGAGCAGCUCAAGCUGCGUGAACAGCACGCUCUCGAACACUUUGCUGGACAGCAGCCAUCAGAGUCCAAAAUAAGCCGCUGGAUGGACAAACAAGGGUGGACAUCAAACGUCCCACAGGCUGCAGUGGUUCUGAAGCAGUGGAAACCUGUUGCCAGCUUGGACUUGGACAUCGACAGCAGCUUUGUGAAAAAAAUGAUUUUGUCUCAACGCUGGAAAGGACUGACUGUCAGGCCCGUCCCUGACAAGGGCGAUGGUGUUUUCACCAAAAGACCCUUUCAGAUCGGGGAGAUUGUCUGUGAAUACCACGGCGAGCUGGUUAGCCAUGAAGAUGGGAUGGCAAUUGCUUCAACAAGCGGCAUCAGAGCUGGCCAUUUGUUUUUUUAUAAGAACAAGCAACAUGAAGCCAUGUGCAUUGACGCACAUGAAGAAAGUUGCCAGUGCCAUCCCAUGAAGUUCAAUUAUGGACGCCUGAUUCGUCACUCCAGCAAAAGAGCCAAUAUCCGGCCCAGGCUGUAUGUCCUUAAUGAUAGAGACAUCAUUCUCUUCAUUGCUACAAAAGACAUUUUGAGUGAUGAGGAGUUAUUCUAUGAUUAUGGCUCAAAGAGGAGAUCUUUUGCCGGGAAAGGGCUGGAAUUGGACUGGAUGUAAAACAACAUCUUUCCAUCCCCCACACUCACUCACUUCUAACAUGUCCAACUCCAAGUUUCCACCUGUGGCCAUAUUCUCUCCUCUCUCUCUGGACAACCAUCACUGCUCUUCUCACCCUGGAGUACUCUUUCUGCGCUGCCAAGCAACAACACUGCUCUCCAAAUAGAGACUUGGUUGUAAUAGGUUGAAUGAGUGGGCCUUACAAACCAUUCACCUUUACUUUCAGAGAAUUGUAUUUUCUCUUGUCUUUUGCUCUUUUACCUCAUAAGUUUUCUUUUUGCAACUGUGAGAGUGUGAGUAGGCUACUCCAUAAUCUCUCCUCUCUCUCUGGAUUCUGUACGACACAUGUGGAAUUACAGCCUGAUUACCAAGGCUUUUAAGGUCAGCAGACAUGCACCUCAAUGCUGAGAAUUAACCUGGCAUGUUAAUUCUUCAUUACCCAUGUUUCUUUAUGUUGUUUGAUUAAUGUUCAGAUUUUGUUCAUUUGUUUGCACUUGUAUGUACUGGAAGUUGUUUAUUUUCUUUAGUGUUGUUAUUACCUGAUAUUACUAUUAUAUAUGUUCUACUGUGCUGUUAUUUCACAUUCUUAUUAAAAUGUUGCAGAAAGUACCCAGUGUCACAAAGUUCAGUUUCAGUGGAUUCAUAUGCUUUUUAAACUAAAUAAAAGUGUAAACACAG